UCUCUAUUUAUGAAAAACCCUAACGAAGGUUACGAAGCCCCUAACUCGUUCCAAUUCAGUUCGCUCCAUUCCACCAUAAUCCCACCAUAUAUGAUAUAUGAACGUUCUAUAUAAAGUUUCUCCCGUCGUAAUCUCUCACAGUUUUCUCUGAUCCUCUCUCUGGGGUCUUCCUUCUCUAUCUGCGCCUCGCUCUUUGCCAUCGUUUUACUGGUUGUUUCCAGGUUUACUUGCUGCCUCGUUUUCUCUUGGAUUAAUGGCCACCUCUUUUGAUAUGUCUCUUGAUGACCUUAUAAAAAGGAAUAGGGAGAGAGCAAGAGGACGGGGUAGGGGUAGGGGUGGCGGUGCCCGUGGCCGUGGCCGCAGACCAAGUGGCUCCUUAGGUGGCGAAAGAAUGACUGGGCCAGUUCGAAGAGGUCCUCUGGCAGUGAAUGCUCGUCCAUCACUCUACAUGAUUGCCAAGCCUGCUCGCAGAACCAGGAGUUUGCCGUGGCAGCAUGAUUUGUUUGAAGAUAGCCUAAGAGCUGCAGGGAUAUCUGGAGUUGAAGUUGGCACAAAGUUAUAUGUUUCCAAUUUGGACUCUGGGGUGUCCAACGAAGAUAUAAGGGAACUUUUUGCUGAGAUUGGGGAUCUGAAACGUUAUGCUAUUCAUUAUGACAAAAAUGGUCGCCCUGGUGGCUCUGCUGAGGUGGUAUAUACUAGACGAAGUGAUGCCUUUUCAGCUCUUAAGCGAUACAACAAUGUUUUGCUUGAUGGAAAACCUAUGAAGCUUGAAGUUGUAGGUGCCAAUGCGGAAAUUCCUGUUUCGGCUCGUGUGAAUGUAACCGGAGUAAAUGGAAGGAGGAAUAAAACGGUCGUUGUGACCCAAAGCCGUCGUGGGGCGAUGAGGAAUGGUGGUGGGGCAAUGAGGAAUGGCCGUGGCCGUGGUACAGCACGGGGUCGGGGCCAAGGCUGGGUGAGGGGCCGUGGCCGUGGGAGAAAGCAACCUGUUGACAAGUCAGCUGAUGAACUUGACAAGGACUUGGAGAAGUAUCAUGCUGAAGCCAUGCAGACUUAGUAAACAUUUCGUAUGUUAGAGCUCUCAAAUAUAGUUGAGAUUUUCGCUUCUGAUAGUUUAAAAAGUCGUCUGUAAUGGUGGUAAUUGGCCUUGAUUUUGCUCAAAUUUUAGUGGAUGCCCAGCUAGAAAAUUUUAUUGAGUGGUGUUACUUUAGCUGAUAUGUUUGCCAUUCUAAUGUAAAUGAAGCUGAUUUGGUGAGUUUCAGGACCAAAAAAAGAAGAAGAUUUCUUGCAUA